AUGUCAAAAGCACUAACAGUUCUCAAAGUGUUUUUUUCGCUUGUGUCUAUAAAUUCUACGCAGGAUCCUCCUUUAACGCGUGUAGAGCGGGUUUACGUUGGACAAGCAUUCCGGAUUUCUUUUCUUGAAUACUUUGAAGACGUUAUUAAAGGUGAUCAAAACGGGCUUCAGUUUGAAAUGAACAUAAACAACAACUGGAUGAAGUUUGACGACAGACCUGAAAAAAUUGAGGUGUAUGGUUUUCCAUUGAAAGGAAAUGCACACAAUUUUGAUUACAAUAUCAAGGUCAAGAAUUCCACCGAGGCAUUACUACACGAGAUUACAUUAAAGCUCUUGGUGGGGGAAAAUGGAUUCAAAGAUGCUCGUAACUUUACAGACAAGUACAGCCACGAAGUGAUCUUAAAGACAGGAAUUGAGUUUAAUUACCAUCGGUUCAUGACAAGGGUGGAUUUGAGGAUUGACUUUGUUAGGAAAUUGGCAGAUUACUGCUUCAACAAAGAACCUAACUCCGUCUGGAUCAAAGAUUUUAACAAAGACACCAAGGAACUGACAGUUGUAUUUGUUAAUAUUGGUUACUAUCCUUGCCAUAAAGAAACAUACAGGGAACUUAGAUCACGUUUGGUCGAUAAAAACUCAAAGAUCCAAGAAGCAUUUCAAAGAGCGCUGACCGGAAAAUUUCCGAUAGAGAGCGUUCAGUUUAGGUUUUUUGGCGCUUGUGACAAAAACUUGUUGGAACCAGAAGACAGCUCUUUUUCUUGGGGCAUUCUAAAACAUUUCGCGCCUCUUGCUAUUAUUUUUGCAGUUGUAGGAAUUNGUAACUUUACAGACAAGUACAGCCACGAAGUGAUCUUAAAGACAGGAAUUGAGUUUAAUUACCAUCGGUUCAUGACAAGGGUGGAUUUGAGGAUUGACUUUGUUAGGAAAUUGGCAGAUUACUGCUUCAACAAAGAACCUAACUCCGUCUGGAUCAAAGAUUUUAACAAAGACACCAAGGAACUGACAGUUGUAUUUGUUAAUAUUGGUUACUAUCCUUGCCAUAAAGAAACAUACAGGGAACUUAGAUCACGUUUGGUCGAUAAAAACUCAAAGAUCCAAGAAGAAUUUCAAAGAGCGCUGACCGGAAAAUUUCCGAUAGAGAGCGUUCAGUUUAGGUUUUUUGGCGCUUGUGACAAAAACUUGUUGGAACCAGAAGACAGCUCUUUUUCUUGGGGCAUUCUAAAACAUUUCGCGCCUCUUGCUAUUAUUUUUGCAGUUGUAGGAAUUCCAGUGACUAUUUCAAUUUUAGUAAAGAGACACAUACGUAGAAAUAAACGUCCAGCGCAGGAGGAAAGGCUGCCUCGAACGCUGCGAAGAAGAAAUGAGGACGGAACGGAGUGCACAUCGCAUACUGUUCAUUUCAACAAUCGUUAUCCUUCGAUGCUGUCACCCUCAAAUAAUUCUAGAGACGAAAAUGUUGGAGAUGAAGAGAAGAUCCACAACGGGAAGGCAAAAAUUGCGAAUGGAAGCGUGGGAGGUGGACAUCUGACCGUGCCCAACGCACAUCUAAGUCGACCCAAGCAGGGAGCGAGCGCGACAAACACAGGAAAAAAUAAGAAAAAUCCGUUUAAAUUUGCAUCCAAUGAAGAAAGGGCGAAAUUUGACGUCCGUGCCAUGUGGGACGAUGAUGAUGAUGAUGAUGAAGAGUCUUUAGAGAUUCCCACAUAUUACACUUACAGGAUCACUGAUGAAGGUGAGACUUCAAUGUUCGAUGCCGUGCUAGACAUGAACUUGUCUGACAUUGCUGAAAACAUUUCCGCCAGGCUGAAAGGUGUAAAGUCUAUGUUGAACAUCCAAGAGGAUACCACCUCGCAGCAUCAUCAACCGACCCAUCAAUCGACUAAUUCUGGGCCGAGCUUGUCAUCGAGACUGAAGGGACUGGGCAAGUCAAUGCUUAACGUUUCUUUGACAACGAACGGGCCCGAUGUGACUGCGGGCCCAUCUUCAGGUGAAUCAGCGACGCCUUCUCUUUCCAGCAAACUUCGGGAUUUUGGAAAAUCCAUGUUGAAUAUUUCAAUCGGCACGGAAAAUGAAAAGAUGGACGCGAAGACUGGAUGGGAAGUAGAAGAAGAUUCUUAUGAGGAUUCUUAUGAAGAAAGCUAUUCUUACUACAAUCCUAGGGAAUGCGAUGAUGCGAAAUCCAAACAGCAUGUCCACAGUAGCGCUUGGGAAGGUUACGCCGGUCAUACACAAGGAGAUUACUGUGAAGUACGACAUGGCUACGAAGAUUCACGACAAGGAUACGAUGAAGCCCGACCAGGUUACGACGGCGAACAGCGAUAUUACGAUUCAAACGCUAAACAAAGCUAUGAUUUUAUGAAAGACGGCCGUUCGGAAAUAGGUUUUGUUCGUAAUUUUAAUCGUCGACUUAGCAGCACUUCGGGUAACACUUCUGAGUAUGAACUUGCGCAGUACAAUUUCCCUGUUUGUUAUGAUGUUUCAACUGCGAAAUACCAACACACUAAUAAAGAUUCUCUUGAAAGUAAUAACCGUGCUACCAGACCGUCUUCCAGGGAGGACGAUUUUGAUGAAUAUCCACCAUCAUUAUUUGAAACCUCGAGCGAGACCAGUCUUGCAACUGAGCAAGAAAAAUCCAUUUUCGACACUGAUUAUGAUCUCGCUUCGACAGACAAUAGGCCUAGUCUUACUAAACCGGUUCCUAUCUGGAAUCACAACUCGAUCAGUAAGGCAAGGGAAGGUCUUAAUGAAGUCAAAUACCACGAUUAUAUUAACCCGCAUCAGUACAGCAAUGGUCCCAGGCGUGUCUCCACGCGAAGCAAAUCAUCGUACAAUGUACAAGGAAACAGCAGCGUUUCUAGCCAAUCAACGCUUGACUUCUGGGACGAUGACGAAUUUGGCGGGAACACAGGCUGGAAGCAGUCCUCAGAUAUGAAGAGCAGCUUUUUAGCGACCAUAGCAAAUUCGGUCCCUGAUUUGAGGCGUGGGGUGAGGAAGACCAAUGGCACAAUACCACAGAAGAAAAAUCAACAGGGAAACUCGCUUCUUUCCAAUGUAAAAUCUUCACUCUCGGGAGAAAAACCUCCUGUUGUUUUUACACUUGGUGAUAGUGACCAAGAAGAAGAAGAAGUACCAGAAAAGACACAGCAGAAACAACAGCUACCCGAAAGGAAAAGCUCUUUGGUCGGUAUGAUCAAGACGGGUGUUAGCAGCAUACUUGAGCCUGAUAGUAGUGUAUCGAAGUGGUUUUCUGGUUUUCAAAACAGCGACAACCCUGUCACGUAG